AUGGGGUCUAAGGAAUCGCCGUCGGGGGCAACGAGUGAAGUCGGCGAGAUUGAAGACCAAUUCCAAGCUCCACGAUCAUCCUUCUGGGCAACAUUCUCCGACCAUGGAGUCGAGUUACGCGGCGCGGAACCGGUGCCGGUUGAAAGGCGAACUGAUACUCGAUAUGUCAACGUAUUCACCGUCUUCGCGACGUCUAUGACAAGCUUGCUACCAAUCGGAAUCGGCUCUGCGACAACCAUCGGCUUCGGCAUAUCGCUAAGAGACGCAGCAUUGAUGAUCGUCUUCCUACAAUUUCUAUUCGCCGUACCAGCCGCCUACAUCAUCACCAUCGCGCCCUUAACCGGGAUGCGACAGAUGAUCCAGUCGCGAUAUUGUUUCGGCAAAUACUGCAACAUCCUAACCUCAAUAAUCGUAACCCUAACCGUCGGCGGCUUCGGCGUAACCGGCAGCAUAAACGGCGCCCAAUGUCUCUCCGCCGUACGCCCGGGCACCCUCCCCGUCGAAGGCGCCAUCGCCAUCAUCAUGGUCCUCUCCCUCGCCAUCGGCUUCGCCGGGUACUGCUUCCUGCACCUAUUCACGCGGUGGGCAUGGAUCCCCACUCUCAUCGCCAUUAUCAUCCUCGUCGGCGCAGCCGGCGAUCAGCUAUGGCAGCAGACCCCCCUGCCGCGGCCCACGAGCGCGCAGAGGUAUUUGGGCAUGGUGGCGUUUGCGGCGGGGAAUAUGGUCACUUGGAGUAAUGUCGCGGGCGAUUACGCGUGUUAUAUGCCGCCGUCGGCGCCGCGGUUCAGACUUGCGCUGUACUGUCUCUUCGGCAUCGCGUUGCCGUUUUCGCUGCUUAUGGUUUUGGGGGCGGCGAUUGGGGGCGCGGUUUUUACGGUGCCGGGGUGGACUGUUGCGUAUGAGGAUGGGGGAAUCGGGGCGGUGAUUGGGACGAUUCUUAUUACGCGGUUGGGCGAUUUUGGAAGGUUUGUUUUGGUGGUUUUGGGGCUUUCGGUGCUGGGGACUUGUGGGAGGGAUAUUUAUAGUGUUUCUUUUAACCUGACGGCUGUGGCGCCGGUGCUAAGGAGGGUGCCCCGGAUUGUGCUGUCGGUUGUGGCUACGGCGGUUAUUAUUGCGGUUGCGAUCCCGGCUUCGAGGUCUUUCGUUACGUCUGUGGUGGCUUUUCUUAGUAUCAUCGGGUAUUAUGCUGGUGCUUCGGUGACCUGUUUCUUAACGGAGUAUUUGUGGUUUCGGAAGGGUGAUCCUACUAGUUUCGACCCGAAGAUCUGGAACGAUGGUCGGGCGUUGCCGACAGGCUUGAGUGCUUUGGCAUCUGUGCUGAUCGCCUGGGCGUUUAUCAUUCCUUCGAUGCAGGCAGAUUGGUAUACCGGCCCUAUCGCCGCGAAGACGGGAGAUUUAGGAUUUGAAUUUGCGGUUGUUGUUGCGUUCUUGGCCUACGUUCCCAUACGUUCGUUGGAGAUCAAGAUUAGGGGUCGUCUUUGA